AGUGCGCCGGCGAGUAUCUUUGUCGUGGGUUUCGUCGGUGCGUCCCCGCGGCUCGUUUCGCAGCGAAAUUCGUCAGUCGAUUUACGUUUCCGCGAUACAUUCUCUGCUCGCGGGGACAACGGAGCCCCUGGUGCCGGAGAGCCUCUGUCGGAAGAGGAUGCUGCGGAGGAGUUUGGCCAGGUAGCUGGGAGAGGCGUGGGCAGGUGAAGCGGAGGCGGCCGAUCGUCGCGAAACUAGAACCGUGGCGAAACAGAUGGAUGGAGCGAGACGGAGCGAGACAGCAAGAUUCGAACAGAGACGGCAGCAGAAUCAGAAGCGAGAGAGCAAAAUUUGAAGAGAGAGACGGCGACAAGAUCAGAAGCGAGACGGCAAGGUUGUUCGAAGAGAGACGGUAGCAAGAUAGGAGAGGAGACAGCAGCAAUCAUAGAGGGUGUCCCCGAAGAAGCCGAGUGAACCUAGGUGCGAGCGAUCCGGAUGCCGGGCGCGUGAACACGGCGGUUCCACGAAGGUUCCACGAGAUCUUGUUCACCUACAGAGGCGAGUAGCUGGAAGGAAGUUAAAAGCCACGUUCGACCGAAUCUAAAUAAAGAACUAUGCAGAGCCGCGGAUGAGAGGUGGGGCGGAGCCGCGAGAGGGAUAUGCGGUGAGUAAGAAUGGUACAGCGAGCCGCAUGCAGCAUCGAGGCGAACACAUUCCCCAAUGGCGUACGGAUCAGCGACCGGGACGGAAUAUCCGCGGACGUCGUCGCGCCGGAAGCGACCGUAGUCGAGCAGGGAUUGCGGCCGGUUCACGAGGAACGCGGUGCCGCGAGGUUCUCCUUGUUCAAGUGGUUCAAGCGGACCGGAAACCGGGAGGGUACCGUGGAGAAGCGGCGGAAGACGAUCGACAAGUGCCGAGACAAUGACAAUGGCGGGCAACGGCGGAGCGCCUCGUCCAGCGCGGAGAGCGUAGACACGUUCUACAGCACCACCACCGUGCGCAGCUUCGCCUUCCACACGGGGACCUUGGGCAGGUGCAAUGGCCUGUCGCUAGACAUCCUGGGCCAGGCUGCGGAAGUCGGACCGUUUGCAGCAGGAGCAUCGAAGGUCAUCGUCGGCAACAAAGAGAACGACGCGGCGGACGUCGCCUGCACCCUGCCGACCAGCGCGCAUUCCCACAGAAGAGACAUCACUACCAGGUACUCUUUGCAGCCUUCCGCGACGUUCACUUCCUGCGGAAACUUGCCGUUCCCUGAGAAGAAGUUGCUGGGGUCGUUGAGGAGGCUAGACGACAGGAGAAGCAGCUCCAGCGCUAGCUCCACGCGCAGGAGGGUGCACGUGAAGGGCAAGAGACGGGCGCCGAACCCUCCAGCGGCGAAGGCAGAGGCGGAUGCUAGGGAGACGCCUAAGAACAGCAACAGGAGAAAGAGGCGAGCCCCGAAACCGCCGGAGAGGACCUUGGACUGCGAUUCGGUCGGUGGGAAGAGGGAGUCCCAGAUCACCGAUGGCGGCAUGGACGUAGAGGCGAGAGGGGACGCCGGGGACGGACAAGCCAUCAGUAACGACACGCUGGUCCUCCAGGGAGGCGUGCUAUUGUCGAAGAAAGACGUCGGCCACAGCCCGAAAGAGAAGAAAGACGCAGCCACGCAAGACACGGCUAUUCCUCAAGACGCUCCGCUCGUCGUCCCUGCCUUCGGCACUCUGAGCGCAGCCAUGCCGCGACCUUGGUACAAACGGAGCGUGUUCGAGCAUUCCCGGGAUUCCGGGCCGUCCCGCAGAGGCGACGUUCUCCGGGGGCCAGCAGCCUCUACGAUCGAAAUAAAAGAGGACUCCGCCGCGUCGAGCAUGGGAUCCUCGGCGAGCUACUCCGUGGAUGCUUCUUUGUCCAGACUGAGCUUUUUCCAUCGGGGACAGUCGGACGAUCGGAAGCGAGACGCCAAACGAAAGUCGGGGCUGUCGAUCCUGACGAACAUCAGCGAGCUGGACAAAGAAGCCGCGGCGAUCGUGCAAGAGGAACAAGCCAGAGCUAGAGCCUCGAUGUUGUUGAAGUCCUCCAGGAUCGCGGACGCGUUCGAGAAGAGGGACGUCAACGAGGAGAUCGUGCAGGACAUCGUCACCUCCGCCAUGGAGAACUCGUCGCCCAGGCGCGGCACCAGGGCGCUGAUCUCGAAGUUCAACGCAAUCAGCAACAUCACCAAGGUGACUGUGAACGCGAACUUCUUCGCCAAGGGCGGCAGGGACCAGGGAGCAAGGGAGAGAGAGGUGGUGAGGAACGUGAAACGCGCCGACGAGACAAUCGCCGACUGGAAGGAGCAUCCCAGGUUUUCGGCCAAUCCUGUUCUAGGCCAAGGUGGCCAGUUCGACAAGGACAUCUCCAGGUAUUUCCCGCAGCAGCCGAAGACCGGGAAAAGCAAGCACGAGGACGCGAAGCAAGCGAACAAGUCUGCUAAGGAACAGAACGAUCGGCUGGCCACGGAGACCUCCAGCAGAAUAUCGUUCCUCCAAAGCCAACUCGCCGCAAAUCGAAUGAACGAGUCGGCGAUUCCUCAGAAGGACGGCACAGCGGCUGUAAUGGAGGGAAAAAUUCGAUCAAGGCAGGAAGUCGCCGGCGAAACAAGGGAGACAAAGCCCGCCGAGGAAAGCGGGGCCGGAGGGAUGUUUUCUCGCGACCGGGCAAAGGUGAACGCGACCGGCAUCUUCGAGGAGCCGAGGAGAAUGGAGAAGCGUCAGUUCGACGGCGUGCAGAAGGAGUUCUCGGACAUCUUCGACGAGAUCGAUAAGCAGCUGCGUAUGAAGGAACUGAAGUACAUGGAUCGCCGAUCGGUGGAUAAUCAGAGGAGCCGAGAUCGCGUGGAAGAGGCUGGGAUAUCCAGCAAGGUGAGCAAGGUGCUUGACAUCCUGGUCGAAGCAGAGAAGGAUGCGAAGACGAAGUCGGCGGUGCAGUUGGAGAAAGAGAAAUCGUUCGAGAUCGAGCCGAAGGGAAAAGCGGAGAAGUCUCCGAUACUGAACACCGUGGAGGAUCCAAUUACGACGGACCUGAAGGAGAUGCUGAAGGAAAUGAAACACUCGUUACCGAAGCGACCGAAGCCGGCGAGAACCGCGAGAAACGGCGAAGAGAGAGUGGCUAGAGAAAGAGAAACGGCGGACAAGACCACCUAUUUCGUAUCAGCGGUGACGAAGGUCGAGAACAUCGCGGUGCAGAACGACUACGAUAUGGAGAAGCAAAAGGUCUCGUGCUCGGUGCAAACCAGCGGCAACGUGCGCCGGCUUAGCCAGCCGUCUACGUCCGCGGAUCAGCCGUCUACUUCCGGUUGGAAGCAGGAGAACGUCGUUUAUAAAACGUCUGGCAGGAACCUGGGCGGCUCCGGGCUGACGAAGAACACCUUCCAGCUGAUACGGCCCCGUGAUUUCGCUGAGAUCGAGGCCACCAAGACGACCAGGACCGCGAGCAACGAGAACACUUACGCGAACGUGAUCGAGCAGUCGAUUUACGCGAAUGCUCACGUCCCGGCGUCCCCGAGGCAGCGCACCGGCUCCCCGAGGAUCAAUGAAGUGAGAAAGGCCGAUAAUGUCGGCGGAACGCCAAUCGCGUCUCCGCUGGCUGGAAGAAAAUUAACCGCGAACGAGGACAAACCCGCGGUUAGCGAAGAAGAGGACAAUUCAGCGGAGAAAAACAUGAACACGGUCGCCAUCAACCGACUGCUCAAGAAGCUGACGGCGGCGAUCGCGUCCGGACACCUUCAGCGAGCGGCCCGUCUGGCAGAGGAGCUGGCCAGACUGAGGAUCCACUGUUCCGUGAUCCGGCAACGAUCGACCCCUCUCGAAGAUCAGUUGAUUAAAGUCAAUAUGUACAUCGAGGACAAGCUCGCUCACCAGGGGCCCAUACCCCUUCAGCUACCCAGUCGGAUGACGGUUGCCGAGCUCAAGGAGAAGGUGCACACAGAAUUCGAGAUUCCCACGAAUGUGCAGCGAUGGAUCAUCGGCAAGAACCUGGCCGACCGUGACGCCGCCACGCUUAAUGAGCUGCAGGCAGUUGAUGGGUCACCUGUCUUCUUGUAUCUCGUGGCGCCAGAGUUGAAACCCGAGAACGUGACGCCUGUAGGCAAACCCGAAGACGCGGAGAGGGUGGAAAGUGCGAGAAACGCUGAAGAAACUGUAUCUACAAAAGUGCUAGAGCCUGUGAAGGAAGAUCACGAAGUAGUCGAGGAACCUCAGGAGACAGCGGAAGAGACUACGCCAGAAGAAGUGAAGAUGGACAGAUACGAAGAACUGAUCUCGUUAGAGAACUGCGACAUUAUACCGAAUUCCGAGCCAAUCGAAUGUCCCGUAUGCUUCGUUACAUACGGUCCACGCGAAGGCGUGAUAUUAAGAGAUUGCUUACACAUGUUUUGCAGGUCUUGUAUUAUCAAUACAAUUAGAUACUGCGAAGAAGCAGAGGUGAAAUGUCCUUACAGAGAUUCGGAGUAUACUUGCGAGUCGACUCUUCAGGAACGUGAAAUCAAAGCUCUUGUUGAACAAGAGGUUUACCAACAGCAUCUGGCGAAGUCGAUUGCCCAAGCAGAGAACAAUGCUGGGAACAACGCGUUCCACUGUAAAACACCGGAUUGUCCCGGUUGGUGCAUCUACGACGACGACGUGAAUAACUUCCUUUGUCCCGUAUGUGGCGCAAACAAUUGUCUCACCUGUCAGGUAAUACACGCUGGCAAAAAUUGCAAGCAGUACCAGCUGCAACUAAGACUGUCCAAAGAAACCGAUCAAGAGUCAAGGAGGACCGCUGCUAUGCUCGAGGAAAUGGUGGACAGAGGAGAAGCACUUGCUUGCCCAACGUGCGCGGUUGUGCUGAUGAAGAAAUGGGGAUGCGACUGGUUACGAUGCUCAAUGUGCAAAACCGAGAUAUGUUGGGUCACGAGGGGGCCUCGUUGGGGACCAGGAGGAAAAGGGGACACAUCCGGAGGCUGUAGAUGCGGGGAAAAUGGAGUCAAGUGUCAUCCUCGUUGCAAUUACUGUCACUGAGGGGAAACCAUCAAAAGAUACAGUUACCGCGGCGACGCACAAUAACAAUGCACGCGAUCGAAGAAACGACUGCCGACGACAACAAAUUUGUUGUACACCUCCCUAACGAAGUGCUCGUGUAUACGAAUGAAAUUGUCGAUCAAAGCGUGGCGAUGCCUUUGACGGCUGUUUAAUGACGGGUUCGAUAACCGAUAAGAAAAAAAUACUGAUACCGAUAAGUUACACGUAUACGUUACACGCCGCUUGCUCAACCUUAUCGCGGAACCGUCCUUUGUGGAAGAAUCUAACGAAAAUGCAACAUUUCGAAAAUUACCGAUGCGGAUACCUCGAUUAAUUCUAACGAAUUCAUUACUCGACCGCGCGUUCUAUCCUAAAGGCUCGGGGGUAAAUGAAUCAUUAUACUUUACUUAAAGCUUCGUGUGAAUGACAAAUGCAUAAUAAAUUAUUGAUACAAAUAAUUCUGCAAUUA